AGAGAGAGAGAGAGAGAGAGAGAGAGAGAGAGAGAGAGAGAGAGAUAUCUAAAUAGAGAGGCUGCUAAGUGGGCUGACACCGACAGUGAAAAGAAAGCAUUGCGCGGGGAACAAGGACUCUACAAAACGAACAACAUACGGAACCGUCCAGAAGCAUUCAAUCUUGACGAAGACGCCGUAACAUAUACACGCUGAUACGUCACCUGGAGGUUUUCCUUUCUGUCCACUCCUGGGAACAUGGAAUAUCUGAGGACAUAAACCAUCCGAGAGACUGCUUCAUAUAAACAUCAUACACACAGGUCAGAGACAUGUCUGAAGUGAAUCUAGGAAACCAGGAGGUCCUCCAGGAAUCGUCUCUUCUGAGGUCAUGUGACCAGAUUCUCCCCGCUCCCUGCUGCCCCUCUCCUUUGCCAUGUGCACCCUCCUGCUGCAUCGAGACGGAGGGGGAGGGCAGUGACCAUGACAACGGAAAGCAGGAACAACAGAAACAAGCAGGUAACAAGGGGCAACCCAAGAGAAAGCCGAAGGCCAAAGGAAGACUAGUGAGGAGUAUGGCUGUGUGUGAAGAGUCCUCACCCUCAGAUGCUAUGCAGGAUAGCCAGGGUUCAUCUGACAUGAACAUCCUGUCUGGUUACCACGACAAUGAGGAUGUUUCCUGUAGAGGAGACGAACUGGAGAAAGCCAAAGAAUCAAAGAGGCCACCGCUAUCCAAAGAGUCUAGUCUGGAGUACAGAGACUCCACAGGUAUAGACCUGGACCAGUUCAUCAUGGACACUCUCAACAGCAACCCCAGAGACAAGAUGAUGCUGCUAAAACUGGAACAGGACAUGAUCGACUACAUCACCAGCAAUAAUCCCUUCAAGAAGUUUCCUCACAUGUCCUCCUACCACCGUAUGCUGGUCCACCGCGUGGCCGCCUACUUUGGCAUGGAACACAACGUGGACCAGACAGGCAAGGCUGUCAUCAUCAACAAGACCGGCAACACGCGCAUACCUGAGCAGAGGUUUAGGGAGAUGGUUCAGGAGGAGAGAGGAGAGGAGAUCCAGUGGAGAGCAAUACUGAAGAGAGACAACAGCUCAGAAGACCAGGCCAGACUCCACCCCUUACACGAUGAGAGGCGGAGCAAGUCCAUGGAGGAGAGAGAGGAAGAGUACCAGAGAGCACGAGACAGAAUCUUCAACCAGGAGCCUGUGUGUGCCCAGGAGGAUGUUCAUACUGAGACAAGGGCUGUUGAAGAGUUGAACCCCUAUUCUGAGACCCAGAAGAGGAGACAGCUGUUUAGGGGGAGCAGAGAAGGUUCCGGUUCCGGUUGGACCGGGAGCAGCAGGCAGAGCAGCACAGAGGCGGACUGUCGCUAUAGCAACGACCCCCGACCAUGGAGCAGCACCGACUCUGACUCCUCCUACCAGUGGCCGAGCCCCGCCCCCAAACACCGCUCCAUCAUCAGUCACAGCCGGGACAACCGAGGCUCAGGGUCAAUAUCUCUCUACAGACUGCCUUCCCACACCCCCCCCCGCCCCUCCUCCCCUCCCAUCCCAGAAGAGCACGUGCCUUCAAUCAACUCCACCUUCAUCCUGGAGAACGGCAUUCCACCAGGAAGUAUUCUCAUGAACCCGCAGACAGGACAGCCCUUUUUAAACCCUGAUGGGACUCCUGCUGUGUACAACCCUCCUGACAACCAGCAACCAACCAGGAGCCAGAAUCAGCUAUCAGGACCGCCCCCUCCACAGCAGCAGCCAAUGGCCAAUCACGCCAUACCACAGGUGGUUCAGUAUUCAUCUUAUCCCUCUCCUCAGCAGUUGUUGCCUGUCUCUCCUCUUCAACACUACUCUGGGGCUGAAGAACUGACGCCCCAGUUCGGACACAUG